CUCUCUGUCUCGUUUAAAAACAGUGUCGCAUAGGAAAAUCGCUGCGUAAUUUAACAGUUAAACCGCAUCUACCGAAUUGCUUUCUUCUGUUUUAACAAACGCGUUGACUUCAUGAAUUAAACUGCAAUCCAAAAUGAAAUUUCCAACGGAAAACCCAAGGAAACCAGGGAACUGGAACCCUCCACCAGUGCCAGUGCAAACCAACCUUGUGCCACCAAAGAAGGUUCAGCCGGGGAUGUUGCAGUCCAGCUUGGUUCAGGCCAGUGUGGCCACCAUGCAGAACCCAAUGGGCUGCUCAUUACCUCGCCUUUCGGUCUCACGACCCGCCAGUAUGGUGGCCAGCAUGGAAGGAGUGGCAGACGGCUCAGCCCUCCUCACAGUCAUGAAGUGGAAGACUGUUCUAGCUGUCUUUGUGGUGGUGGUAGGGUACCUGGUUGCUGGCGGUCUUGUGUUCAGAGCCCUGGAGCAAUCCUUUGAGAGCAACCAGAAAGACACCAUCACCUUGAAGAAAGCCGCCUUCCUGCAGAAACAUCCCUGCGUGACCUCUGAGGAGCUGGAAGAGCUCAUCAAGCACUCUGUAGAUGCAGUAAACGCUGGUGUGAGUCCUAUCGGAGACACAUCAUACAACUCCAGUCACUGGGACUUAGGAAGUUCCUUCUUCUUUGCUGGAACUGUGAUUACAACAAUAGGGUAUGGUAACAUUGCUCCAAGCACAGAGGGUGGGAAGAUUUUCUGUAUUCUAUAUGCAAUAUUUGGCAUCCCACUGUUUGGCUUUCUGCUGGCUGGUGUUGGGGAUCAGCUGGGGACUAUUUUUGUGAAGAGCAUUGCAAAAGUGGAGAAAAUGUUCAAGCGGAAACACAAUCAGAUUAGCCAGACCAAGAUCCGAGUGGCCUCUACGUUUCUCUUCAUACUGGCUGGCUGCAUCAUCUUCGUCACCAUACCAGCCAUUAUCUUUAAGUACAUUGAAGGAUGGACUGGGCUAGAAGCAAUCUAUUUUGUGGUUAUCACCCUGACUACUGUUGGUAUUGGGGAUUAUGUUGCAGGAGGCAAUAGAAGAAUAGAGUACCGUAAAUGGUACAGGCCGCUGGUGUGGUUCUGGAUUCUGGUUGGACUGGCUUACUUUGCUGCAGUUCUGAGCAUGAUAGGAGACUGGCUGAGGGUUCUUUCUAAAAAGACAAAAGAGGAGGUGGGUGAAAUUAAGGCUCAUGCAGUUGAGUGGAAGGCCAAUGUUCGAGCAGAGUUCCGUGAGACCAGGCGUAGACUCAGUGUGGAAGUUCACGACAAACUUCAGAGGGCCGCCACUAUUCGCAGCAUGGAGCGCAGGCAGUUGGGUUUCGAUCAGCGCACCCAUUCUUUAGACAUGUUGUCACCUGAGCGUCGAGCCGCUUUCAACAGCUUGGAUGCCACCAAUUUCAAGACAUCCCAGGAGAGCAUUGACACAAAGCUCAACAACCUACAUCUACGAGUUGAGCAGAAUGAUCAUCAACGGAGCGACCCAAGCCAGGCUUACUCUGAAGAUAACAUUUUCAACCGCCUUGGUUCUGUCACAAAACUAGCCAAGCGGAACAAGAACAAAGAGUUGAGGAAGAACAUCCCAGACAACAGUCAAAAAGCCUUAGAUUCCUUCGGUUGUAAUAAUCCCACAAUGGAUGAGAAGAAAGAGGCACUUGAAGACGAGGAGCUUGAGAAGGAGGUCAACACGAGUCUGACCAACUUGCCUCUCUUUGUGGAGAGCCCCAAUGUACAAAAUGGAUUCAUGCCUCUUCUGCCACAGGCCAAAGUGGAAGAAAGUGAGAAAAAACUUGAAGACAGAGACUUCCAUAUGCAGAUGGAGCCCUAGAAAGUACAAAGACCUAACAGGGAUAGUGGUUUUAAAAAAAUAACAUACCGAAAGUGCCUUGUUUAGCCCUUACCCUGAGCUGAGAUUUGAGAAUCUCGAUUUCUGCUGUUCAUUUUAACUGUUCACUGUGUCCUGAUAACUUGAUAUUGUAAUAUGAUUCAUUAGCAACUGAAAGAAUCCUUCAGGCCUCUGAAUUAUAAUAAUGGUUGUAACCUUGGAAAAGUGAAGCAAAGAACAUUGGCAGUUUAUUUAGUCAACGACUGAAAGUGCUGAAAUUCUGAUGGUCUUUCUGCCAUGCUUUGCUCUGUACUUAAAGAUCAUUUGGUGGAAAACAUAACAAUAUUUUCAAAAACAAUAUUUGUCAAGAGAUCCACCCAUUCUAUAUGAAUAAACUUACCCAGAGGCUUGUACUCCCCAAGAUCAAAGAUGAUAGAACUCUUUGAAAAUGAUAUAUAUAUAUAUUUUUUAAUUGGUGAUGCGUUGUAUUUGCACAGAGCUAUACUGUCCUGUAAAACAAGUAAAGUGCAUCGAUAUGUCAUCCAGAUUUAUGAAGUUAACCUAUAAAACCUCAGGGCUUGUCCUACUGUAGUUGUUUAAUUGUACGGUAUGUCUGACAUACAACUUGUGUGCUAUUGCUAAAUAUCUGAGGCUGUGCAGUAGUGUUUUCCUGAUUUGAAAGUUUAGCACAAUGAGAUGGAAAAAAAGCCAUAAGGUAGAAAGGACAACAUCAUGUAAAGCAUAGAUUGUCUAGUAGAGUUUAAUAAGGACCCACUGAACUUGUUAAACGUUUAUCCAUUUUAAGACAUUGGGCUGUAUUUUUAGAAUGCUAUUAUGAGAUACAUCAUAUGUGCAGAAUCAGUGGGCAUGGCCAUGAAGUUUUGGUAUUUCCAUGCAAACAUGCUCUAAGUUAAAGCGUAAGUGGGUUGGUUAAAUCACGAAUGCAAAAUAAAUUGAUAAAUGAAGACAGCCCAUUCAUAAGACAUUGGUAUUCAGUGUGAAUGGGCUGUACACAUAGGCUGCUGAUUUAUGUUCUUACAGCUGUUCAAAAACAUAUUGCAUGUUCAGCACCACUGGAAAUGAACAGCGACCGAUCCAACACAAAAACAUAGCCAUAUAUUUUAGACUAUGGAUAAACUGACAUACUGUCCCUCUGAAAUCAGAAUGAGAGUGACUACAUCCUUCUUGAAUGUCAGGUAUACCUCUGUGAUGUGUACCUCUCCAUGCUCUUUAUACUCAUGGAAAAGGUGGUGCUCGUCUGGACUAAUUGGAUGUAGGCUCUGUUAAAUUAUACAGAACUUAAUUCCAGAGACAUGCACUUUGUGGCACCUGCUAGUGGAAUCCUCAUACUGCAGAUGCACGGACUGAGUUUAGACUUGCGCUGAGAAUAAACAUGAAUCUCAGAUGUCUUAUAAUGGCUUAUUUCUCACAAAAAUAACAAAUGAGGAAUUGUGCCACUUCAUUAACAUGGACCUUCCAUAUAUCAUUUGCGCAUUGCCCAGGCACAAAAUUUCACUUAGGUUUAGUGCUCCCACAAAAACUGGAUAAGACUUAGUGCAUGACCUGUGUGUCCCCUCUUGAUGACACCCCUGGUUGUCUGAUGGUGACGAUUCCACACCAUUGUAACCUCUCCACAAUGUUACUUCACAAUGAUGUAAUGAGCAGUGUGGCAUUUAAAAAAAACUUGUAGGGUUAAAUGAAUUCUGCUAGACACACUACGAUUACAUGGAUGAAUGACAAACUUUGCAGACAUGUAUACUUCUAAUUUGGGUUAAAGAAACUUUGACAAGGAAACACAGUAUUAAAGGGAUAGUUCACCCAAAAUGAAAAUUCUCUCAUCAUUUACUCACCCUCAUGCCAUCCGAGAUGUGUAUGACUUUCUUUCUUCUACAGAACACAAAUUAAGAUUUGUAGAAGAAUAUUUAAGCUCUGUAGGUCCAUACAAUGCAAG